CAGGCCUGGGUUGCCAUGGAUACCGUGUCCCUGGAGCAUCAGAUCCAGAGUGUGCAACGCCACAUCAGCUUCCUGAAAAAGGAGCAGAUGGCCCUGCUGAGAGACCUGCACCUGGAAAUCCUGAGGCUGCAGAAACGCUGUUCAGAACUGACUCGUGACCUGGAGAUGAGAGAGGCCCAGUCUCACCAGCAAGAGGCGGCGUCCCGGGAGCUGGAGAGCAAGUGCCGCGCGCUGGAGUCGCAGCUGGCCGCGCGGACGGCUGCCAACGCCGAGCUGCGGCGGGAGGUGGCGCAGCGCGAGGCGCUGGUGUCGGCGCUGCGCUGCAGCCUGCGCGCGGAGGAGCGCCGCUUCCUGGAGGAGCUGCGGCGCCGCAGCCACCGUGCCACCGUGCUGGGCACCGAGCUGCAGAAGCACACCGAGGCGGCCGCCUACCUCUCCUGCCAGCUGCACGCGGCGCGCCAGAGACUGCAGACUCAGCGCCCGGGCCCCGCCGCCGCCGCCGCCGCCGCCGAGCCCCGGCCCCGCCGGCGAGCACAGCGGGCCCGCCGCCCGCCCGCCGCCGAGGCCGCAGCCAAGGGCCCGGGCCGGGACUGGGCCGCCUGGGAGCGCGCGGCCCGCGCCCUGGACGACGUCGACCCCAUGCCCGACCCCGCGCUCUUCCUCUAUGCCCGGAGGCCCCCGAGGCCGAGCGGCCGCAGCCCGCGCCAGCCGCCUCCCCAGGAGCCCCCGGACCAAGCCAGCCCGGCGGCCGCGCCCAGCCCGCCCAGCGCUCCCGGGGAGCCGGAGUAG